CCAUGGAGGCGGCAGAGGUGAAGAAGUCGCUCGGUGUGCUCGUGGAGCAGCUGGAGCAGAGUUGUGCAGAGUCCAGGAGGUGGAAGGAGCGGCUGCAGUGCUGGGCAGCAGAGGCCGACGGAGCAGCCUUCAGACUGGCCAUGCAGAGAUACUCAGAGCAGGCCGGCAGCAAGGAGCUGCUGCAGGACAUGGACGGGACUCAUGAGGAUCUCUCUGAUGCUGUGCAGGAGGUCCGCAGCCAGGAGGAAAAACACCUUGCCUGCAUGGGGGCCUGGCUGCGGGAGGAGCAGCAGAAGGACAAGAUUCUGGAUCAGCAAAUUGAGAAGCUGGAAGAGGCCGUGGCGCAGAAAGAGGAGAGGGACUUGCUGGCCAGGAGACGUGGUUUCUGCUACUGGCUGCAGAUGCUCUCCCUGCUCUUGGUCAGCCUGGAGCUGGCCGUUGGCAUCUGUGUGGCUGCUGCACUUGUCUGCACCUUGCGCCUUGACCUUGAGUUCUUCUGCUGCGUGCUCUCGUGUGGACUUCCUGAGCAGAUCUACAGCAACCUCGUGUAUGCACUGGGAUGGAUUUUCCCUGCGGUCACUGAGGGCUGCUGCCCUGUUGACAUCCCUUUCCCCCCCCGCCAAUAA